CAGAGCUGCAAACUCAAGGCCAAGUUCAACCUGAUGGGCUACAAGAACGUGGAGAAGAAGAAGGUGGUGAUCGGGGGGAUGUUCUCCGUGCACAACCGUCUCAUCUCCACCGACACCAACACCUCAUCCAACCCAGUGUCUUCCGGCUGUGAAGGGUUUAAUUUCCGUACUUUCCGCUGGACGCAGACGAUGCUGUUUGCCAUUAAUGAGAUUAACAAAAAAGCUGACUUGUUGCCCAACACUGAUCUCGGAUACGUCAUCUAUGAUUCAUGCUUCACCAUCUCCAAGGCUGUUGAAGGAACUCUGACCUACCUGACAGGCCAGGAUGAAGCUGUGCCUAACUACCGCUGUGGGAACGGACCUCCACUCGCUGCUAUGGUGGGGGCAGGAGGAUGUGACCUCUCUGUCGCUACGGCUAGAAUCCUCGGCCUUUAUUAUUUCCCACAGGUGAGCUACUCGUCUUCGUGUUCAGUCCUCGAGAGCAGGUUCCAGUACCCCACCUUCCUGCGCACCAUCCCGAGCGACGAGCACCAGUCGGUGGCCAUGGCUCAGCUGGUGCUGCAUUUCGGCUGGACAUGGGUGGGCACCAUCGCUUCGGACGACGACUACGGCAAAUACGGUAUCAAGCGCUUCAAAGAGGUCGUCGAGGAAGCAGGUGUGUGCAUCUCCUUUUCUGAAACGCUCCCCAAGUUCACCGCUCCGGAAACCAUCAAGCGCAUCGUCCGCACCAUUAUAGACUCCACAGCCAAGAUCAUUGUGGUGUUCUCAUCCGAUGUGGACUGGAGUCCGCUGGUGGAGGAACUUCUGCGCAACAACGCCACCAACCGCACGUGGAUCGCCAGCGAAAACUGGGUCACGUCUGCGCUCAUCUCGCGCCAACCCAAUGUUAUGUCCUUGCUGGGGGGGACGAUCGGAUUCGCCAUAACUCGAGCGCACAUCCCAGGCCUGCGGGAGCACCUCCUUAACAUCGACCCCUAUCAGGACAGCUUGACUGAGGAGUUCUGGCAAACUGCCUUCAACUGCACGCUUAGUUACAGCCGAGCGCUGAGCAACGCCCGGACACAGCUGGCCACACAGGUGGGAAACGCGACGGCAUCGCGGGCCGCAGCGAGAUUGGCGCCGCUAGGCUUGUGCAACGGGAAGGAAAGUCUGGUGGAACUGAAUAACACGUAUUCAGACGUGUCCCAGUUGAGACUGACAUAUAAUGUGUAUAAGGCCGUGUACGCAGUGGCCUAUGCUCUACACAACCUGGAGUACUGCGUUCCCGGGAAAGGACCUUUUGUCGGUGGCUCAUGUGCUGACAUCACCAACUUUGAGCCUUGGCAACUGAUGUACUACUUGAAAAACCUGCGCUUCACCGUCCCCAACACCCGAGAGGUGAUCUCUUUCAACGAUGGCGAAGUUCCUGGCUUUUACGAGAUCCUGAACUGGCAGAGGGCUUCAGAUGGAGGGGUCACGUACACACAUAUAGGACAAUACAACAGCACGGCGCCCGCCGGCGAAAAGCUGUACAUCGACAACUCCUCCAUUAUAUGGCAUAACGAUGUGCUGCAGACGCCACGCUCUGUGUGUAGCGAAAGAUGCCAACCUGGCACACGUAUGGGCAUCCGUCAGGGAGAACCCGUCUGCUGCUUCGACUGCAUCCCGUGUGCAGACGGAGAGAUUUCUAACACUACAGAUGCCAGAGGUUGCCUUCAGUGUGGGGAGGACUACUGGUCCAACGCCAACCGUGAUGCCUGUGUACCAAAGACCAUUGAGUUCCUGGACUUCAGUGAGGCUCUGGGCAUCACGCUGAUCGUCAUCUCUGUUUUUGGUGCUCUCCUGACCAUCAUGGUGGCCAUAGUGUUCCUAAAAUACAUAAACACACCACUGGUGCAGGCCAACGAUGCUCUGCUGAGCUUUACCCUGCUGCUGGGGCUAGUGGUCACGUUCCUCUGCUCCAUCGUGUUCCUGGGUGAGCCACGGCUUUGGUCCUGCAUGACUAGCCAGGUGGCUCUGGCUCUUGGUUUUGCCCUGACUCUGUCGUCCCUCAUGGGAAAAUCAUCUCUGCUGAUGCUCAGAGCGAGAGCAAUCAAAGCCAUGAGGGUUGCAGCUAAAGCAGCCAAAGCGGCGGCCGCCGCCUCCGAGCAGAGCGGUGACACGGCAGCGAUAGCUCCUGCCAUUCCACAGAAAAACGACAUUGAUCCGAUCAAACCUCCUCAACAGAGAACCAUGAUGAUCGUGUGCACGCUGAUCCAAGUCGUAGCCUGCACCGUGUGGCUCAUCCUGCUGCCUCCUCAUCCUGUGAAGAACACGGCUGCCCAGAACAUCAAAAUCAUCCUAGAGUGUGAUCCAGGAAACAUCAUCUUCAUCUGCUGUAUAUUCGGCUAUGAUGUUCUCCUGGCGCUGCUGGCCUUCAUAUUCGCCUUCAUCGCACGCAAGCUCGAGGACCACUUCAACGAGGGCAAGUGCGUGACCUUCGGCAUGCUGGUGUUCUUCAUCGUCUGGAUCUCCUUCGUCCCUGCUUACCUGAGCACACGCGGAAAGUUUAUGGUAGCCGUCCAGAUCUUCGCCAUCCUGGCUUCCAGCUUCGGCUUGCUCGCGUGCGUGUUCCUCCCCAAGUGCUAUGUGCUGCUGGUUAAACCCGACAGGAACAAGGAGGAGCUGAUGGUGCCCAGGGCCAAGCGGCCUGAAUCUGGAGCCACUGGAACAUCUGCCUCACUCGCCACCACCAACACCAACGGCACCAUCGCCACGAUUGACGGAUGA